UACAAAUUCACUCCCUCCCCCGCCGUCGCAUCCUUCUCCUCCCGCGGGCCAAGUCCCAUGAAUGGCGGGAUCAUCAAACCCGACGUCCUCGCCCCAGGGGUCAACAUCUUGGCCGCCUCGCUCACAGAUGUUGGCCCGAAUCCAGAUCCAUUGGCGACCCACACAUUCAACUUUAACAGUGGAACCUCCAUGGCCGUGCCACACGUAGCUGGGAUUGCGGCAUUGGUGAGGAGCAAGCACCUCGGGUGGACCCCAUCCGAGAUCAUAUCAGCGAUCAUGACAACUGCAGACGACUCAGCUUCUGGCAAUCUCAUCGUUGAUGAUCACUCAUACAAAACUGCAGGAAUAUAUGCUACGGGGGCUGGUCAGGUUAACCCGAUCAAGGCCAUGGACCCAGGCCUUGUGUUUGGGCUCACCUUGAACGACUACAUCGCUUAUCUUUGUGGCCUUGGGUACAGUGACUUUGAGGUCCAAUAUACGAUCGGAAAACCAACGAGUUGCAAUGGUGUUCAAUAUCUAACUGCGUCUCAACUUAAUUACCCGUCAAUCGCGGUCAAUUUAACGAGGUUAGCGACGAGUCAAACAGUGGGCAGAACGGUAAAGAAUGUGGGGGAUGCAAGAGAGGACUACUCGGCUAAGAUUACCGAGCCGGUGGGGGUAACGAUUUAUCUCUCGACUUAUAAGCUUCAAUUUACGAGGUUGGAUCAGGAGGUGAGCUACAGCAUCAACUUUGCCUUGAAUGGUGCUUAUCCGAGCCAGGGGAGUGACAUGAUAAGAAGAGGUAAGAUUGUGUGGGAUUCAGGCAAGCAUGUGGUGACCACACCCAUUGCUGUAAGAUUCACAUAAAUAAAGUGAAACCAACAGCAUAAAAUAAGUUUAAGAAUAAGAAAUAAUGC